UACCCACACCAUGUCCCAGUACCCAUAUCAUGUCCCAGUACCCACACCAUGUCCCAGUACCCACAUCAUGUCCCAGUACCCACAUCAUGUCCCAGUACCCACAUCAUGUCCCAGUACCCACACAAUGUCCCAGUACCCACAACACGUCCCAGUACCCACAUCAUGUCCCGGUACCCACAACAUGUCCCAGUACCAACAACAUGUCCCAGUACCCACACCAUGUCCCAGUACCCACAACAUGUCCCAGUACCCACAUCAUGUCCCAGUACCCACACCAUGUCCCAGUAUCCACAUCAUGUCCCAGUACCCAUACUAUGUCCCAGUACCCACACCAUGUCCCAGUACCCACAUCAUGUCCCAGUAUCCACAUCAUGUCCCGGUACCCGCAACAUGUCCCAGUACCCACAUCAUGUCCCAGAACCCACAUCAUGUCCCAGUACACACAUCAUGUCCCAGUACCCAAACCAUGUCCCAGUACCCACAUCAUGUCCCAGUACCCACAUCAUGUCCGAGUAUCCACACCAUGUCCCAGUACCCACACCAUGUCCCAGUACCCACAUCAUGUCCCAGCACCGAUAUCAUGUCCCAGUACCCACACCAUGUCCCGGUACCCACAUCAUGUCCCAGCACCCACAUCAUGUCCCAGUACCCACACCAUGUCCCAGUACCCACACCAUGUCCCAGUACCCACACCAUGUCCCAGUACCAACAUCAUGUCCCAGCACGCGCAUCAUGUCCCAGCACGCACAUUAUGUCCUAUAUCCUCCACACAGUCCCUUCUGUUCGUACGUUGUGUCUUCAAAGAUGA